ACUUUUCUGCCAUUCGAAACAGUUGACGGACGAUUCGUGUUAGGAGGUGGUACUCGUUCGAUGGUGCUCUUCGCGGUUUACAUAAAUUUUUUUUGAUUGAAUGUUUUGGAAAAAAAGUUGUGCGACAAUUUGUGAUCAAAAAGACGUUUUUUAUCAAAAUUAAAAUCUAAUUUUUUAACCAUGGAAUUUUCCGUCAGUCGUUUCUUUUACUUCCUGUCGUGUAUGACCUUUAUUCAUUGCUACCUUGAUGACGGAAAGCAAUUAUCACAGUCCAACAUAAAAGUAGUUGCCACCACAGACGAUGACACUCAUUUAUCGAACACUUUGGCUCAAAUAUUAAAGCCCAGAGUAGUUGGUACCGAAGGUCACGAAGAAGUGAAACGGUUCAUUGUGAAUGAAUUGCAGUCAAUGAACGUAAAUGUUGAGCUGGACGAAUUUGCUGAUGUUGCUCCCAUCUUUGGUAAUUUAACAUUCACAAAUAUUGUGGGGAAGCUCAAUCCCAACGCUGAUUCCUAUCUCACUUUGGCCUGUCAUUACGACAGUAAAUAUUUCCCGGAUGAGUAUUUCGAGGCAGCGAUUGAUUCAGCUGUACCAUGCGCAAUCAUGUUGAAUGUCUUGAAGACAUUGAUGCCGGCGCUAGAAAGUUUUCGAGCGAGGACCGAUAUUAGUUUGAUGCUCAUAUUUUUCGACGGCGAAGAAGCGUUUGUCGAUUGGACACAAACCGAUUCGCUGUAUGGUUCACGGCAUCUAGCCGAUAUGUGGGAUUCGCAAAAUCAUUUGACGCAAGGACGAACGAUUAAACAACUUGAUCGUAUCGAAGUUAUGGUUUUGUUGGAUUUGAUCGGUGCUGCAAAUUCGAAAUUCGUGAACUUUUUCUCAUCGACCCAAGCGCUUUUCUCACGGUUGAGCGACAUUGAGAGGUCUUUGCUGGAUGGAAAUGUUCUGGAUGGUAGACCGAGGCCCAUGUUUAUUCGAAGAAAUUCCUAUUCUACCAUAGAUGACGACCACAGGCCAUUCAUGCAGAAAGAUGUGCCCAUUCUUCAUCUCAUUGCAACACCAUUCCCAGCGCAAUGGCACACAACAGCUGAUAAUCGACAGAAUUUGGACGCAGCAUCCAUCAGGAACUUUAAUCGAAUUUUGAGAGUUUUCGUUCUGGAGUAUAUGCUGGCACACAAAGAUACGACAAGCUUUCGAAGUUGAAAUAAAUCCAUUUAUUUUACGCAGUGAGAGUUGACCCUCAAAUGCUUGAAUAAAGUGAAACCCAAUUUAAAUUGUUG